AUGGAGGAUGCAAAAAAGCUCAGUGUAAAUGGGGAUGCUGAAGGAUUCAAUUUUGGAAGAGGCAACAUUCGAAAAUGUGGCGCUCCACCCAAUAAUGGUGAAUUUGUGUUAAGUGUUUUCUUACAGCAGACUGGAGUGAUGGAACUGAAGUAUCAUGGAGAAAAGCUGCAGUCAUUAUUUUUGGAAAGGCUUCGUUUACAAGAUGAGGCCGUUGAUGGAUUACAUCAGCGUGAGUGUUGGAGUCAAGAGUUUGGCUACUGCCGACGAUGCAAAAGCACAAAGCUCGAAUACAAGAUUUUGAAGUUUAUGUCUCUCGGCUAUGCGAAAAAUUUCAAAGGCCAUCACAGUGACAUCGACCAACAAGAUAGCUUACAUCACUUUUGCUUGGACCUCUGA